ACCCGGAAGUGUUUUAUUGUUGUUAUACCGGUGCCUGGAAUGCCGGUGUCUGAGUGAGGGCUUUAUUUAUUGAGUGUUGUGGUGACGAAUAAUUCACACUUAAUAUAACCAGCAAGUGUAAAUAUAAUCAAGUCGAGUGGAGAGAGAUGUGGUGUUAUCCGGUGACAUUAUACUUAUAUGGCUUCUGUGUUUUUAACCUUACUGCACUUCUUGUUAUGGUAGCUAUGCUAGCUGUUUAGCUAUGAGAAUUACAGUACAGCUACUUAGGUAGAAUUCUUUUACGGCAGACUUGAUUAAUUUAUCCUUCUUCUUCUCAUCUCCUUAUGUGUAUUCAAGUCUGUAUUUGUUCGCCAGAUCCGCCUCAGCUGUAUAGCUGCAUGUCUAUUUAUAUCUCAGGAUUACUCCAGUCUGGGUAAUGAAGUAUCCAGUACAUCUUGCUGGCUUUAUCCGACACCUUGUAAGUUGUUUUUCCUUCAUCAUGAAAGUCUGAUCCGUUUAGCUCAGCUCUUAGUGUUCAGGGAAGAAAAGAGAUUAUUGUUACACCAUGUCUGUCUCACAAAACCCUUGUGAAACACCUCAGGCCAGCAAUGAUUACAAUGGAGAUGUAGUACAGGAGAAGUCAGACAGUGCUGAACAUCCGUCUUUAUCAGCUUCACGAUUACUGUCAGUUAGGAAAACGAAAAUAGUCCUUCACAUUGAUGUGAACAACACUAUCCUGAUAACUGAUGCUGUUACAAAACAAGGGACGGUUGCUGCUCUUGAAUAUUUUUUGUCCACUGUGACCUGGGGACGGAUGGCAAAAGGAAAAUGGGAGUGGAUGUGUGAGUCUCCAUCUCUCCUCCCACCAUGCGAGGGUGCUGUGAGUUACUACUCUCAGUUUGGUAGAGUAGUAGGUUUCACCACAGCUGGGCCAGGCAAGCGUUUCCAGAAGGUUCUUGAAGAGCAUCUCGAACUGCUGCGCUGGCCUUCUGACCUGCCUGAACACAAGGAGCUCUCUGUAAAAGGAGAAGAUGGAAAACUGUACCACUGGAUCCUGCCCUCUUUCUUCCAGCUGCUACAGGAGCUGGUCUCACAAGGGAUUGAGUUUUCCAUCAUCUUCCGCACAUUUGGUACAGACCUUCCUCGUCUGUUGAAGGUCAUUCAACAAGCCCUUGAGCAUGGCAUCCAUCCGCUCUUCCCUGAACUGCCAGAACUGAAGCUAAGUGUGGACACAACACCAGGUCAGAUCAGAUGCAACACUAAGGGUGUUAUUCUGAUUCAUGGAGAGACGCAUUUAUCUACACAAGAUGGGGAACGGAGUCUGUACCGGUACUUAAGCUCCUCACAGGGUUUGGGUGGCUUCCAAGACCACUUCAACUGGUGGGUACGAAACACACACACCAUUAUGGGAGGAAAGCCACUGUGGAUUGACCCAUUUGACUCCACAAUCCAACACAUCUUUAUUGAUGACAACAUCCACCAAAACGAUGAUGACACUAUUGUGCAUCCUAAGGUAUUUCUGGAUCCUGAGGGCUCGGAGACCCGCACAGCCUCCACUUCAGAGUUGUAUGACCUGUGUCUGAUUCAAACUGACCUCCUCAGAGCCAUUUCUGAGCCCAGCUACUUCACUCGGUGCAUUCAGAUCUGCAUGGAGAACUAUGAGAGGAACCUUGGGCAGCACCUCGGAUAGAUUUCACAUGCUUACUUCCAGGAGAAUCAAUGUGACGUUCAUAUGAAUAUUCUGCAGGAAACAAAACCAGUUAAUGGACUGUUCCAGAAGAAACAUCUUGAGUCAUGCAUUUGAGAUGUUUUCAUUAAUGAAAGGCUCUGUAGGAUGCUAUAUUGGGUGAAAAUGUACGUCAUCUAACAACCACUCAAGAACAUUAGCAGCAUGUGUGCCACCUUAAAGGUGCAGUGUGUAGAUUUUUAAAGUGUUCGUAGACCUGUAAUAAUCAUGUGUUUUCAAACAUAGCUUAGAAAACAAACAAACUGUGAUUUGCAGUAUUGCUAUGGAAUGGAUUUGGGUAGUUUCUUGGUUUUAGGAUUCUGUUCACAUUUUUAUGGCCCAAAAAUAGAACAUAUCUCCAGGUGGAAUGGACCAUUUUUCCAUAACGCACAGUUUCAGCAGAGUGCAUGAGGUCAGUUGGGACAAAAUCACAGGCACAUGCUAGCAGGUAAAAACUGACGUGCAGCAAUUAAAUUUAUAUGAAGUGUACAAGUGACAACAGCGGCAUGGUGGCAAAUCGCUGUGCACCGUUUAAUUUGAGAUUUUCCCAGUUGUAUGCAGUUACGAUGGGGUAAAGUGACCACUCCAAACAGCUCUCUCCAGUAAAUCCCUAUGGCACAUGUUGUCCAGUGUCCCUCAAAACCCUCUGACACUCACUUUAGUUCUGAGCUACAUUUAGUUCUGACUUAAUUGCAUUUGUAUAUAGAUUAUGCAGUAGACUGUAAACAUUUUGGUGACUACCAUCUCAUAUUCGAACUUAAAAAGCUAGACCGAAUACUGCUCUAGAGAUAAUAGUAGAGAAAAUAUAGAAGUAAUGUUAUCUACUUGUUGCUUCAAGUAGCAAAAUAACGCACAAUAUAGUAUUGAAAGAUCACGUGACAACAUAACUCUAGUGGUACUGAGAUUAUUCAGAAGUUAUUUAGUUCUGUGCAAUUAAUGCAGUAUUUCUCGCAAAUGUAGAGUUCCGAGUUGUUUCUGUGUAGAAGAUUUUCACGACGUUGAAGUACUCAGGGAUGGUGAUGUUACUGGGCAUUUUUGUAUUUACACUUGAUCAUGAUCAUACUUGAAUUUUUGGACUGCUUUCCUUUGAAAAGAUCAGGGCAUGGGGUUUCAAAUGUAACUAUAAAAUGGUAUGUCCUUGUGUUUUGAGCAACUGAAUUGCUCAGGAGUGAACACACUGUUUAGAAAGGCACGGUUGUUUUUAACAUAUGCAUAUUCUGUUUAGAAUUAUUUUUUCUUAUUUGAAAUGGUAGAGGGUAAAAUAUCAGUGGAGGGUUGUUAUUUGUUAUACUACUCAAAUAUAAUACUGCAUUAUGAUUAUUUAUUUUGAUUUACAUUGGGUGAUGUAGAUGCUAUUUAGUAUUUUUAUUUAAUGUUUCAGAUAUUAUUUUGUGUUG